AUGACGGUAAAUUCAACUUUAUCUUACUUCAUUUUCAGCACGUAUAUACACAUUGGCACUUUAAGAUACUUGUACUUCAUGUUAACUGCGAUGUUAUACACUGUUAUCAUUACUGCCAACACAUCACUCAUUGUGGUUAUCUGUAUGAACAGAAGCUUACAUGAACCUAUGUACCUUUUUCUGUGCAGCUUGUUUGUAAAUGAACUGUAUGGUAGUACAGGGUUGUUUCCAUUCCUUCUGGUUCAGAUCCUCUCUGACAUUCACACUGUUUCUGCUUCUUUCUGCUUCCUGCAGAUUUUCUGUUUGUAUACGUAUGCAAAUGUGGAAUUUUUCAACUUAGCCAUCAUGUCUUAUGACAGAUAUCUUGCUAUCUGUUGUCCUCUACAAUAUAACACACGUAUGACGUCUAACAAGGCAUUAAUCUUUAUUACUGUGAUAUGGUUGUACUCGUUUGUGAAAUUUCUUAUUACUUUAUCCUUAAACAUCCGUUUGCCACUUUGUGGAAACAUCAUAAACAGUUUGUAUUGCAAUAACUACCUAGUUGUUAAACUGGCGUGUUCUGAAACCAAAGUGAAUAACAUUUAUGGACUUUUUGGUGUUGUUCUUACCGUCAUAGUCCCUCUGUUUCCAAUCCUUUUCUCUUAUAUGAAAAUUCUUAAAGUUUGUUUUUCUGGUUCUGAACAGACCAGACAGAAAGCCGUCAGUACCUGCACACCUCACCUUGCUUCCCUCCUUAACUUUUCUUUUGGAUGUUUGUUUGAAAUACUUCAGAGUAGAUUUGAUAUGAGCAGUGUUUCCAGCGUGCUGAGAAUCAUUCUGUCGCUGUAUUUUCUGAUCAUACAACCACUUCUGAAUCCUAUCAUGUAUGGACUGCAAAUGUCAAAAAUACGAAAUACAUGUAAACACCUGUUCUGUUCUAAAAUGUGGGCUUGCCAUAGAGAUACUAUGUAG